AGGGUUUGUCAGUCUGCACAAGGCCUUGGAAGGAGAACCAGGUACUGAAUAUGCCACACUUCGACGAGACUGACUCGGUGGAGCGAAUAGCAGAAACUCUUUACGAACGUCUUGUCGCUCUCAAGUCUCAGAAUGCUGUUGAUAGCACGCGCAGGAUCUUGGUCGCUGUUGCAGGCGUACCAGGUUCAGGAAAGACAACCAUCACCACCGCUCUUUCAAAACUCUAUGAAAGCCGUGAGGGAAAAGCAUUAACGAUCCUGCCGAUGGAUGGCUUCCAUUACUCGCGUGCAGUCCUCCAAACCAUGCCCGACCCUCACACUGCCUUUCAAAGGAGAGGUGCUGCCUUCACGUUUGACGUUAAGUCAUUCAUCCAGCUCGUUAGGCGUUUGCGUAACGAACCAGUUACAAAGCAACACUGCCAGGAGUCGUCAUUCAAAGCACCUAGUUUCGAUCACGCUGUAAAAGAUCCCGUAGAAGACGACAUACAGUUAUCCUCUGCAGAAUCCUUGAUCAUUUUAGAAGGAAACUAUCUCUUGCUGGACGAGGAUCCUUGGAACGAGAUUGCCACUCUAGUAGACGAGAAAUGGUUCGUCGAUGCUCCGGAGAGUGUAGCCAAAGAACGUGUGGUUCAAAGACAUCUAGCUGCCGGUAUUGAGAAAGACCGUGCGGCAGCUGAAGUGCGGGUUCGCAAUAACGACCUUCUGAACGGACGGAUAAUCCGAGAUAAAUUGAUCAAACCCGAUCUCGUAAUCAAUAAUUGAAAGCUAAAGUUGAAUACGACUCUAUCCCAGGGGUCCGAAGGUUGACAGGGCCGCGUUACUGUUUAUUUCUGGCCACUCGAACCAUGACUCAAGAUUUGGAUCAGUAAAGCUGAGGUCGAGUUGUGUUGGUGACCAAUCACUGGAAGUACCAGAUGGUAAGACCUGAUUGAUGACAUCAAGGCACCUUUGAGCCAGCGAAUAAGUUGUAAAUGAAGUUUCUAGCAGAAAUUUAACAGUGCCGAUAUCUUGAAUCCAUUUGCCAGCGUCCGGAGAUGCGGGCGAAGCUCGAAGACACAGCAUGGGUACCAAAGCUGCAUGAAAAAGGAAAAAUCUAUCGCCUUCUUAGUUUGGAGCACAGCAUUUAGAAUUGAUAGAACUUACAGGGCAUACCAAGCGUGAAGACGUGGCAAUGUAUUAGUAGAUACAUAUUGCUGAAUUGAAGCAAUGGUUAAGUUAGCAC